AUGGCUAGUGGUGAUCAACAGAUGUAUCCUUGCAUUGGAGAGGACGACCAUGGCUACUUCGAGGCGAGUUCCUCUGACGAGGAGGAGUCUUCCAGGUGCUGGCCACCGCCAGGUCGACGCAAGCGCCAUCCCGCUGGCAGCGGUUUAACUUACAUUCCACCGUUCAGGACUCAAUACUCCCUUCCAGUCCACCAACCCGGUGAGAGCACCACCAAAGAAGUGUCUGCUGCCCCCUCGGAGGCCAGUAUCACCUUUGCGGAACCCCCAAGAUCGGACCCGGUGCCUAUUCCAUCGGCUCCAAGAUCUUCGGCUGCCACCAGCGGCUUCUGCUCACCGCAAUCUUUAACCUCUUUCGCUGAAACUGAACCUCUAGGAGCUUACCUCAUGUGGCGGUUUCUUUCAGAAGAAGACGAACCUCCAGUGAGUCGAGGUGACUGA